ACACACACACACACACACGUGCACUUUCACACGCGCCAACCAUGAUGUUUCGAGACCAGGUCGGAGUGCUGGCAGGUUGGUUCAAAGGCUGGAACGAGUGUGAACAGACUGUUGCUCUUCUGUCUUUGCUGAAACGGGUGAGCCGGAGUCAAGCCCGCUUCCUUCAGCUCUGCCUUGAGCACUCCCUGGCUGACUGCACAGAACUGCACGUUCUGGAGAAUGAAGCCAACAGUCCUGGAAUCAUUAACCAGUGGCAGCAAGAAUCGAAGGACAAAGUGAUUUCUUUGUUGUUAACUCACCUGCCUUUGCUGAAGCCUGGGAAUAUCGAAGCGAAAGUGGAGUACAUGAGGCUGCUUCCCAAAAUCCUGGCUCACUCGAUCGAACACAACCAACACAUAGAGGAGAGCCGGCAGCUCUUGUCCUACGCCCUGAUCCAUCCUGCCACGUCCCUGGAGGACAGGAGCGCUCUGGCCAUGUGGCUGAACCACUUGGAGGACCGCACGUCGGGGACCUUCGGCAGCCAAAGCAGGGGACGAUCCGACUCGGUGGAUUACGGCCAGUCGCACUACUAUCACCAAAGACAGAACUCGGACGAUAAGCUCAACGGGUGGCAGAGCUGUCGGGACUCGGGCAUCUGCGUGAAUGCCUCCAGCUGGCAGGAUAAAAACCUGGGUUGUGAGAAUGGCCACCUGCCUCUCUAUUCCUCCUCCUCCGUCCCGGCAACCAUCAACACGAUUGGGACCAGCACCGGCACAAUUCUCUCAAGCCAGACCCACCACAGCCCUUUGAAACGGUCCGUGUCCCUAACCCCGCCCAUGACUGUGCCCAGCCAACCUCUAGGUCACGGAUGGAUGUCUCAUGAGGACUUACGCGCUAGAGGACCCCUGGGCAUCCCUUCGGAUCAUGCCCCCCUGUCUCCUCAAAGCAGUGUAGCUUCUUCGGGAAGUGGUGGGAGCGAACACUUAGAAGAUCAGACUUCUGCUCGUAACACAUUCCAGGAAGAAGGGAGUGGUAUGAAAGAUGUUCCUGCCUGGCUCAAAAGUCUGCGCCUUCACAAGUACGCCGCCCUUUUCUCCCAGAUGACGUAUGACGAAAUGAUGGCCCUGACCGAAUGUCAGCUUGAGGCCCAAAACGUUACCAAAGGCGCAAGGCACAAAAUUGUGAUCAGUAUCCAAAAGCUAAAAGAGAGGCAGAACCUUCUCAAGUCCCUGGAAAGGGACAUCCUAGAAGGCGGCAACCUCCGUGUCCUACUGCAAGAGCUUCACCAAAUGAUCCUCACCCCAAUCAAAGCGUACUCUUCUCGGAACAUGGCGGUGGAUGAGCGCGGCAGGGAUUCCGAACCCCACCGCCCGGCUUCUCUGAUUGGCUCGGACAGCCACAGGUCAGACUGCAAGGACUCCGCAUCCGGGGGGAUGCAGCAUCACCAUUUGCCGGGUUGCGAGGGGGAAUCCGGAGGAGCCCCUUUGCCUGAAGGGGACAUCCCAGGACAGUUCACCAAGGUGAUGGGAAAAGUGUGCACCCAGCUUCUCGUCUCCAGACCUGAUGAGGAGAACAUAAGCUCCUAUCUUCAGCUCAUAGACAAAUGCCUAAUUCAUGAGGCAUUUACAGAGACACAGAAGAAAAGGCUGUUGUCAUGGAAACAGCAGGUGCAAAAGCUCUUCAGGUCUUUCCCUCGGAAAUCCAUCCUAGAUCUCUCGGGAUACCGGCAGACAAGAGCCCGAGGGUUUGGGCAGUCGAACUCCUUACCAACAGCUGGAUCUGUAGGUGCAGGAAUGGGCCGGCGGAACCCGCGCCAGUUCCAAAUCCCCUCCCGGAACCUCCCCACCACGCGGCUGGGUCUGCUGGGCCCCAGUGGCCUUCUGGGAGCCACCCAGCGCAACGCGGCCACCAACCCCACCAUCCUGAAACAAGGGAGGCAGAGCCUGUGGUUUGCCAACCCCGGAGGGAGUAACAGCAUGCCCAGCCGAACUCACACCUCGGUGCAACGGACGCGCUCACUGCCCGUCCACACCUCCCCACAGACGAUGCUCAUGUUUCAGCAGCCAGAGUUCCAGGUACCAGUGACAGAACCUGAUAUCAACAACAGGCUAGAGUCCUUGUGCCUCAGCAUGACUGAACAUGCCCUCGGAGAUGGUGUUGACAGAACCUCGACGAUCUAGAAGACAGAGGUGUCUGCAGUGACAACGCUGGCCGUGAGAAACGUUGGCUGCUGGACCAGUGGCGGAUUGGGUGAUGGGUCCCUGGACCUGCUAAGGACCCCUGGAGAUAUUUUGCAACCUUUUCAUUGCUGUUUUCUUCUUUCCUUCCCUCUCUGUCUCCCCUCUCUUGUCCAUCUCUGUUUUCAUUUUGUGAAAGGAUCGAUGAUCCUACUGUUACUUCGUCAGAAGUAGAACUGGGGCGUUGCGCGCGCACGGAUGGAGAAAAACCUGUGGUGGGAAGCGAAAGAGACUGGAGCGGUUGAUCUAAGGGCAGGCAUCCCGGGGGUGCCUGAGAGCAUCUCAGGGCAGGCUAUCUUAGGAGCAAGGUAAUAAGCAAGACAUCUCCAAUUGGGUGGCGGAGACAACCCUUCUUUGGGACGAAGGAGCUGAAGUGAGCUCACCAAAAAGGGAGUUGCACCUUGGCCAUCUGUAAAUAUGGGGGUGCAUUUCGCCAACAUGAACCCCGACGGGUGCCGACAUUUGGGGGCAGGCAGGCAGGCAGAAAGGAAACAAGACCAACCAACCCGCUCCCCUUCAGUGGCAUUCAGAAGGGCGGUUUUGAAUGUUGCACGUUGUUUACACGAAGCCGGGUCGAAAAGAGCCCCUCCGAUGUGCUGAGCGAACUGCCCUCCUUCUCUUCCUGCGGCCUUACUCCGUGAAAUGUUGAUGGGGGUAGAGAGAGAGAGCUCAACCCCCAGACCUGCUUCCUGGGAGCCUCCUACCACCCGGGAUGCUUGCCACGGUCCUAGUCCUAGCUGCUUAUGAAAUUGUCCGCGCAUGUGCAGGAGAAAUAUCUCGGGAGACGCGACGGCCGAGACAAGAGAAACACAAGCAUAAAGAACGGACAGUGCAGGCCGUGCGAGAGGGGGACGGCUCAACCCUCUCGGUCUCGCUCGGAGCAGGAGUCCGCGGCCGCCUGCGAGGAUCCGGGGUCUGCCUUCUCCCUUCCUCUCCUCGUCGUCAUAAUGGAUCUUUUGCAUGGCAUCUGCGUGGGUGUGCGCGUGUGUAACUUUUUUUAUUAUUAUUAUUAUUAUUAUUCUGUGUCAUCGCAGCGGGUUUGGCCUUUUAAGAGAGCUGCUGAGCUAUUGCUUCUAGAGGGCCUCAGGCGCACUGGUGAGUUUUUCUUGACUUUCCAAGCUGGGCCAGAGCAGGGUGCCAAAAGCAGGU